AUGGCGCUGUACGUGUCGCCUGGGUUCUCUCGGGCGGCGGACGCGCACCUGCGGUUGGCUCUCAUGUUCAAGGCUCGGCGGCACUGGACCAUCGCCGCCGUGCAUUUCAAACGAGCGAGACUUGCACCGCAUCAAGAUGCAACCUUCACUCGUCUCGAGCUGAGCUUCCACGCCGCCCACCUUCUUGAAGCGAAAGGCCUUAGGAAAGCUGCCCGGGACGCUUAUGAAAGACUAUUAAAAGAACCACAAUUAUCUUCUUCCUUGAAAGCUGAUGUUUGCAGACAACUAGGUUGGCUGUAUCAUCGAUGCGUAACGUUAGGUGAACCCGCAGCACGAGCUCGGGCGGCCAUCUGGUGUCUCAAGCGAGCUGUCGAUGCAGAACCAGAUUCUGGAGCAGGGCUAUACCUUUUAGGAAGAUGUUUUGCGGCUCAAGGCAAAGUUCAUGAUGCUUUUAUCGCCUAUAGAAACUCUGUAGAAAAGUCUGAAGGAAAUGCUGAUACAUGGUGUUCGAUAGGCGUGCUAUAUCAACAACAAAAUCAACCUAUGGAUGCCUUACAAGCAUACAUAUGUGCAGUGCAGCUGGACAAGGGCCAUUCCGCGGCAUGGACGAACUUAGGGAGUCUGUACGAAAGCUGUCAGAUGCCUAAAGACGCUUUUGCUUGUUACACCAAUGGCGGGGCGGCUGCUACUGCUUGGGCACUGAGACAGAGGCUGGAGUUCUUGAAGGCCCAUUUAGCACAUGCGCCUAUGCCGUCAGUUACAGGAAAGCGUCGUCAACUACCAGCUAUCGAGGAGGCUUGGAAUCUUCCUAUAUCUGCUGAAAUGUCAUCGCGAGCACCGAAAUCUGCUCCACCUCCGUACCCGGGCAAAAGACCAGAAGAACCACCACCAUUAACACAUCAUCAACUGCAAACGUUGCAGUACUUGCAGAAGAACACGCAUAAUUUGUCGCCACAACAACAAACUUUAAUGCAGCAGCUACUAUCGCAGUAUCGUCUGGCUCAAGCGGCGAGAACGCGUGCGGUGACCAAGAGCGAAGGCACCGCGACCGGCGGCGACAGUGCAGAGUCGCUCGCCGAAGAUCUUUUAAAAAGAUUUUCUGACACACAACCGGAUAUCAAGAAGGAGCCUAUUUGCACAGAAACUCCGAGCAACGCGACGUGCAGUAACGAGGCCGUACUAGGCUGCCGACAACCCGUCGUUAAGCUGGAGCCACUCAAGACUGAUCCGCUGAAACCUGUGACGUUUCACAUAGGAAUGAACUCCAAACAAAUACUUGACACUUGCAGUGAGAACGCCGGACCGCCCACGUCGUGGUCGGUGCUGGGCGAUGGAUGCGGACCUCCUUCACCGCCACCCGUGCCACCGCCACGCCUCACUCCAGAACAACUCGCUCCACCUGCACCUUUCGUUUACGUAGAGUCCAAGCGCGACGCGUUUUCGCCACAACUGCAAGACUUCUGCCUCAAACAUCCCAUCGCUGUGGUGCGCGGCCUCACCGCCGCUCUUAAACUCGAUCUCGGUCUUUUCUCUACAAAGACACUCGUGGAAGCCUGGCCCGAUCAUGCAGUAGAAGUCCGUACUCAACUGAUGCAAUCGGCUGAUGAGAACUGGGAUCCGACAGGACGUCGUCGGGUGUGGGCUUGCGCAUCCCACAGGUCCCAUACUACCGUACGCAAGUACGCACAGUACCAGGCCGGCUCAUUUCAAGAGUCCCUGCGUGAGGAACGGGAAAGGGGAGGCGCCGCACCUACUGCGGGUGGUGGUGCACUAUCGGAUUCAGACGGACGAGAAUCCGGCUCUGGUCCAGUUAAACGUCGUCGUGCAUCGCGUAUGCUACGAUUCGGAACUAACGUCGAUCUGUCGGACGAGCGCAAGUGGCGGCCUCAACUUACGGAGCUUCAAAAGUUGCCGGCCUUUGCUCGCGUCGCUUCCGCCGCGAACAUGUUAUCUCACGUCGGGCACGUGAUCCUGGGAAUGAACACUGUACAGUUGUAUAUGAAGGUCCCCGGCAGCCGUACACCAGGUCACCAGGAGAAUAAUAACUUUUGCUCUAUAAAUAUCAAUAUCGGACCUGGCGACUGCGAGUGGUUUGGCGUUCCGGACGCGUAUUGGGGCGGCGUGCGGGAUCUCUGCGAACGACACGGCCUGUCGUAUCUUCACGGCUCGUGGUGGCCCGACCCCGAGGAGCUGCGAGCCCACGGCGUUCCGGUCUACCGCUUCACUCAACGCCCCGGCGAUCUGGUGUGGGUGAACGCGGGCUGCGUGCACUGGGUGCAGGCGACGGGCUGGUGCAACAACAUCGCAUGGAACGUCGGGCCGCUCACCGCUCGCCAGUACUCCCUCGCCCUCGAACGUUACGAGUGGAACAAGGUACAGAACUUCAAGUCAAUCGUGCCCAUGGUGCAUUUGACGUGGAAUCUGGCGCGUAACAUACGAGUGUCGGACCCUCGCCUGCACCGUGCCAUGCGCACGUGCCUGCUGCAGACGCUGCGCGGCGCGGCGGGCACGCUGGGCGCGGUGCGCGCGCGCAACGUGCCGGUGCGCUUCCACGGGCGCGCGCGCGGCGAGGCCUCGCACUACUGCGGCGCGUGCGAGCGCGAGGUGUGGCACGCGCUGCUGGUGCGCGAGCACGAGCGGCGCCACGUGGUGCACUGCCUGGCGUGCGCUCGCCGCGCCUCGCCCUCUCUGGCCGGCUUUCUCUGCCUGGAGGAGCAUCACAUGGACGAGCUCGCGCAGGUUUACGACGCUUUUACGCUACACCGACCUGCGCCGCCUCCCCCGGGCCCGGCGUCGGUGGGCCCGUCGCUGGGAGCUCCGCUCGGCCCUCCGCUCGGCCCGCCUCUCGCCUCUAUCCUACACGCGCCUCAAACGCCGCUCCCUCCGUUACCGGACUGA